CGCAGUCGGCUCUUGGCGUUUCUCUCGUGCAGAAUAUUUUGCGUAUUAUUAGUUUUAUAAAUUACGCAGAGUGGUGUAAUUGACAGUUAAUUGGUUUAUUAUUUAGUGCAGGGCACAUUGAAAAUGGUGGACGCUUUGGAGUACAAUGACAUAAACGCCGAAGUGCGCGGCGUUUUGUCGUCUGGACGCCUGAAGCUCACCGAACAGAACAUAAUCUUUAAAAACAACAAGACGGGCAAAGUGGAGCAGAUUGCCGCCGAGGAUAUUGAUCUGAUCAAUUCCCAAAAGUUCGUGGGUACCUGGGGUCUACGCAUCUUUACCAAGAGCGGAGCGCUUCAUCGGUUUAGUGGAUUUCGCGAUAGCGAAAAUGAAAAGCUGGGCAAGUACAUCAAAGAGACCUAUUCGCAGGAAAUGGUGGAGAAGGAAAUGUGCGUCAAGGGCUGGAACUGGGGCACAGCACGCUUCAUGGGCUCUGUGCUCAGCUUCGACAAGGAUACAAAGACCAUUUUCGAGGUGCCCUUGUCGCAUGUCUCGCAGUGCGUCACAGGCAAGAACGAGGUGACACUGGAGUUCCAUCAGAAUGAUGAUGCGCCCGUGGGUUUGCUGGAAAUGCGCUUUCAUAUACCAGCUGUCGAGUCGGCGGAUGAGGAUCCAGUCGAAAAAUUCCAUCAGAAUGUUAUGAACAAGGCGUCGGUCAUAUCGGCAUCUGGCGAGUCCAUUGCCAUAUUCCGCGAGAUACACAUUCUGACGCCGCGUGGUCGAUACGAUAUCAAAAUCUUCUCGACCUUUUUCCAGCUGCACGGCAAGACAUUCGACUACAAAAUACCCAUGGACUCGGUGUUGCGCUUGUUCAUGCUCCCGCAUAAGGAUAGCCGUCAAAUGUUUUUUGUGCUCUCGCUGGAUCCGCCCAUAAAGCAGGGUCAGACGCGGUAUCACUACCUAGUGCUAUUGUUUGCGCCCGAUGAGGAGACCACUAUUGAGCUGCCGUUCAGCGAGGCGGAGUUGCGCGACAAAUAUGAGGGCAAGCUGGAGAAGGAGCUGUCUGGGCCGGUUUACGAGGUCAUGGGCAAGGUGAUGAAGGUCCUGAUUGGACGAAAGAUAACAGGCCCGGGCAAUUUUAUUGGCCAUUCUGGCACAGCUGCAGUUGGUUGCUCGUUCAAGGCCGCCGCCGGCUAUUUGUAUCCGCUGGAGCGCGGGUUUAUCUACAUUCACAAGCCACCUCUACACAUACGCUUCGAAGAGAUCAGCUCAGUGAACUUUGCCCGCAGCGGCGGCUCGACGCGCUCCUUUGAUUUUGAGGUCACACUCAAGAAUGGCACCGUGCACAUUUUCUCGUCCAUCGAGAAGGAGGAGUACGCCAAGCUGUUUGACUUUAUCACACAGAAGAAGCUGCAUGUGAGCAACAUGGGCAAGGACAAGACCGGCUACAAGGAUGUCGACUUUGGUGACUCGGACAAUGAAAACGAGCCGGAUGCCUAUCUGGCGCGACUCAAGGCAGAGGCGCGUGAGAAGGAGGAGGAUGACGAUGACGGUGACGAUUCCGACGAGGAGUCCACCGACGAGGACUUUAAGCCCAACGAAAACGAAUCGGAUGUGGCCGAGGAGUACGAUAGCAACGUGCAGAGCGACUCAGAUGAAGAUAGCGAUGCUAGCGGAGGUGGUGGCGGAGGCGACAGCGAUGCAGCGUCCAAAAAGAAGCACAAGGAGAAGAAGCGCGAAAAGAAGGAGAAAAAAGAGAAGAAACACAAAGAAAGGGAGCGCACAAAAAAGACCACCAAGAAGAAAGAUUCCAACAAGCCGAAGCGUGCCACAACAGCUUUUAUGUUGUGGCUAAACGAUACGCGUGAGCAGAUUAAGCGCGAUAAUCCGGGAAUCAAGGUGACAGAAAUAGCUAAGAAGGGCGGUGAGAUGUGGAAGGAGCUUAAGGAUAAAUCCAAGUGGGAGGAGAUAGCUGCUAAGGACAGGCAACGCUACCAGGAUGAGAUGCGCAAUUACAAACCAGGCGCCGGCGCCGGGAGCGACAAUGAGGAGAGCCCCAGCAGCAAACCGGUUAAGAAACGCAUCUCGGAGCCCUCACCCACGAAAAAGGCAAACACGUCGGGCAGUGGUUUUAAGAGCAAGGAAUACAUAUCCGAAGAUGAUUCAACCAGCUCCGAGGACGCCAAUAAGUCCAACAGUGAGCCAGCCAAAAAGAAGAGCAAAACAGUUGAGCCAACGUCCAACAAGAAGGCCAAACAAAGCGAAAGCGAAGCGGAGGCCACGGAAGAGGAGACCAACGAAAGUAAUGAUGAUGAGGAUGAUGCCAGCGAUUAGAUAAAAAACAUUUCCAUGAACACACCACACACACACACACACACCUAAACAUGCGCUUAACUAAGAUAACUGUUAUAAACAGACCAGCAAAAGGCUUGGUCUAAAAUUUGUCUUUUCAUUAAACAUUCAAAUUUUCAUAUAA